CACAUGGUGGAAUACUAUAUUAUUCUGGUCUGAUAUAAUUCCUACCAUAAAAAAUCGUACACGACGUACUACAGCAACUGUAGAAGUUGAGAACAAUAUUGUGAAAAACAUGGAUAUAAAAAAAAGAAAUCUACCAAUUGAUCAAUAUGUAAGAUUGCGUGUGGAAUCAAUUAAAUCUACACAAAAUUUAGUUGCAGAACGAUUAUUACAAAAAAUUGUUAAACAAAAUAGCAAAAAAGUUGAAAAUGAUGAUCCUAAAGAACAAUGGGACAAAAGAAAAAACAAACAAUUAACAAAAUCUGAGAAACUAUUCCUAGAAAGAUUUAAAUCCACAGUGGAUAAACGUAGGAUUAUUGGGGUGACUAGCCAAAAACAAAUUGCUCAUGAAAUUUGUUUAAAUUCUAGAACUGAAAUUGGUUUCAAUCAAUCAAUGGUUUCAAAAAUGUAUAAUGGCACACAUAUACCUAAAUGUAAUUAUACAAUUGAUGCAAUUACUUUGUGGAUUGCGAAGGAAGAAAAUAAAUAG